CAUUAAAAACUUUAAAACGACUUGUUUUGGGAAUUCAGAGUAUGGCUAAAAAGUAAAUAACUUUUUACGAUUUUCACAAAUGGAACAAAAAAAUGGCUGAGAAACAAGAAGUAAAAAAAAAAGAAAAAGAGUCCCGAAAAAGAAUAGGAGCUGGAAGAAUACAAAGAGAGCUUGGAGAACUAUCUCUUGAUCCUCCUCCUAAUUGCAGUGCUGCUCCAAAAGGAGACAAUUUAUAUGAAUGGCUGGCUACAAUAAUGGGGCCGCAAGGUUCCCCAUAUGCUGGAGGAAUAUUUUUUUUGGAUAUCACAUUUCCACAAGAUUAUCCCUUCAAGCCUCCAAAGGUUAUUUUUAAAACUCGAAUAUAUCACUGCAACAUUAAUAGUCAGGGUGUUAUUUGUUUGGAUGUUCUUAAAGAUAAAUGGUCUCCUGCCCUGACCAUAUCUACUGUUCUUAUCUCUCUUAUUGCUCUGCUUUCUGAUUGUAACCCUGCUGAUCCUUUAGUUGGAAAUAUUGCUCAGCAGUAUAUAACAGAUAAGGAAACUCACGAUCUUACAGCAAAAGAAUGGACUAAGAGAUAUGCAACUUGAUGUGCUUUUAAGUUAUUUGUUUGUAAUUAUUUCAGAUGUGUGUUUUUUAAAAAAUUUUGUUUUAUCAAUACAUUGCUAAUUAUAGUCUA